AUGAAUACCAUAUUAUCACUUCCCGAGGGUUAUCGAAAGGUUGAAGUUCUUAUAAUCCGCUGGGACGAAACUCUUCAUGACUCCUCCGAACAACAUCAUGAAGAGAUACUCAGGUUGCAAAAUGCAUUCGCAAAAGACUUGUUGUGGAAAGGCUCAUACCAGCAACAUAGCUCGGGAUGGAUACCGGAUCCUAAACACGCUUUUGGAUACCACUGGACAUCCCAAGUAGAAAGAAAAUCGACCAAGGUGUUCGAAAUUCCCGCCAUAAUUGCUUCCGAACAUCGAACAAACGCCCUGGGAGACUUUUGCGCGAGGAAGAACUUUAUGAAGACUGCACUCGCAAAACGUCUGGGUCUACACAUCGAUAAAGAGAGCAUUUGUACUGUAACUGUGGGCAGUGGUAAACAAAUCAAAACAAGUGGGUCAGCAGAGACAACUUUUCGGUUUAGGGACGAAUCCAGGGUCUACAAACUGAAGUUCGAUCUAUUACCGGAUUGCGUUCACGAUGUCAUACUCGGGAAGUCGUUCUUGAAGGCAACACAGACCUUUUCUUUAGUUGCCAACUACGCCAGGCGUGUUGUCAAACGCGCCGUCAUGGGCCUGAAAAGCCUCAAUUGCUUGUACUUGGGAGACUCUGCACCAGCUUUCAAGGGUCUCUUGAACGGUGAAGAGCAACAGGCGUUAGCCGAUUCCGGAUCAAAGAUCUUGAUCAUGGACGAGGGAUAUGCGAAAUCCCUUGGUUUACCUAUUAACAGAAGGCCAGAGACCCAAAUCAAACUUCGAUUUGCGGAUAACUCAGUAGCCUAUACUUCUGGUAUCACACAUGGCGUACGCUGGCGAUUCGGGCAUGAAUUGAACGAAGAAUAUUCAUUGGAUUUUCACGUGCUCCAGAAUGCGCCUGCGGCAGUCAUUCUGAGCGACGAAUUUCUAUUCGGAACGAACGCAUUCUCUGAAUACGACUGCUACCUUAUGGACGAUGACGACAUGGGAGAGGACGAGUAUCUUUUCGCUAUUGACGUUGAUCUUCGCCAUGAGCGUAAUGAAACUUAUCAGGAUCUUGAACGGCACACUGAAAUCGUGCGCAGAGGUGAGGAAAAGGACCGAAUCGAUAACCUUCCCGUCGCUCAGCAAGCCGAAGCUCUUUCGAUUGAGAUGGAUCGCAGAACCAAAUGGGACGAUCAACAGAAGCAGAAUAUAUCUCUCCCACCAAAACCGAUAUCCUCAAAUGCCAACAGUGGGCAAUCGGGCAAUAGCGCAAGUUCACAUCACAAGAGGAAGUCACGAUGGCUCGUUAAGCUUAAGCUGAAGAGGAAGCCUUGA